AGCAACCAAUGAUGUGAUUUGUCAGAGUUGGAAACAAAUUUAUUUAAUUUUAUUUCGUUUUUAAUGAUUUAACAAUUCCUUCGACCGUUAACCGUUCAUUCGUAUCGAUGGACUGAUGAGUUUGUGUUCAUUCGUUUCGUAGAUAUCGCCGUGACCGUCCAACUGAAGACAUCAAAAUAUCAAUUGUUAUUAAUAAUUAAACGCGCCGCAUCAAGGAUUCCAUUAAAUAAUUCAUUUGUUUCUGCAUUACACUUUUGGUGUCACCUUAAUUUUUAUAUGUAUUGAUCUUUUUGAGAUACAUAUUGACAAAAAAAAAACUUAUAUAAAUCAUGCAUCACAAUUAAUUAAUUGGUUUUGGGUAAAAAAAAAUUCCAUUUGUAAAUUCGGUCGAGAAAAUGCCGCAGGCAAAGGAUAAGAUGUGCGAAAUUGAUGAACAUAUUUCAAAGAGGUUUGACAUCCACAAGAGAUUGGGAAAGGGGGCUUAUGGGAUUGUGUGGAAAGCAGUGGAUAGGAAGACCAAGGAAGUUGUAGCUGUUAAGAAGAUCUUUGAUGCAUUUCGUAACCAAACAGAUGCCCAGCGGACUUUCAGAGAAAUCAUGUUCUUGCAGUCUUUCAAGAACCAUCCAAAUAUUAUUAAGCUGCAUAGCAUACACAGGGCAGCAAACAACAGAGAUAUUUAUUUAGGAUUUGAAUAUAUGGAAACUGAUUUACAUAAUGUUAUUAAGAGAGGUAAUGUACUGAAAGAUGUCCAUAAGAGAUAUAUCAUGUAUCAACUGCUGAAGGCUACAAAAUACAUACAUUCAGGAAAUGUUAUACACAGAGAUCAGAAACCAAGCAAUAUUUUGCUGGACACUCUAUGUCGGUGUAAAAUUGCUGAUUUUGGUCUAGCCAGAUCUUUGACUCAGAUGUUGGAUGGCAAUGAUACUGAUCCCACUUUAACAGAUUAUGUUGCAACAAGGUGGUACAGAGCACCAGAAAUUCUUAUUGCAAAUAGAAGAUAUACCAAGGGCAUAGACAUGUGGAGUUUGGGAUGCAUUUUGGGUGAGAUGAUUGCAGGGAAACCAAUCUUUCCAGGAAGUUCAACUGUGAACCAGAUUGAAAAGAUCAUGGCAACUAUACCUACACCUUCACAAGAUGAUAUUAGCAAUGUUUGUGUAUCUGGUAUAGGGACAUCUAUGAUAAAGAACGCGUCAAAUGUUCAUAAAGUGCCUUUGAAAGCUAUGCUAGGACCUGAUGUUCCCUUCGAUGGAUUAGAUCUUAUACAUAAAUUACUGUUUUUUAAUCCUUCGAAAAGAUUAACCGCUCAGCAAGCGCUGAAACAUCCGUACGUGAGUAAAUUUCACGAUCCGGACCAAGAGAUCGAUAUGCCGUGCACCGUCACAAUCCCAUUCAACGACGAUAUCCGACUAUCCGUUGACGACUAUCGCAAUAAAUUAUAUGAAAUCAUGGCGGAGCACACCAAAUUGAAACCUCUGAAGGUUCAAAGGAAUUUGGUGAAAGUGCAACCAGAUUUCAAAUACGACGUGAAACCUAGAGUGGCCAAAGAUACAGAGCGAUUCCUAAAAUCGCGCUGCAAUUCGACAUACGUUACACAAUCCGAACCGAAACUGCACCAGACGAAACCGAAGAACCCGGUCUACAUCAAAUCGGAGCCAAAGAUACCCGCCAGACAGGCUGUUCCCCCUAACCACCAAAUCAAAAGUGAGACCAAGAAGUAUGGGCAGCCUUUACACUCGAAGACUUCGAGUCACCUGAAGAGACGCUCACUGGAACCGAAGGCGAACAACAUUUACAUGUCUUUUAACAGUUUUAAUCAAACGCACGGGAUCAUCACCCAGAGCGCUCUAAUGGAACUGCGUGCCUCGGGAAUGCGAUAAAUUUCUAUAUUUUAUCUUCUUUAUUUAUAGUUUUAAGUUAUUUUUUUUUCUCUUUAUGAUUUUAUCAAAUUUUUACAAUAUACAAAAUAUUAUUAUCGUUUAUUUUACUUGCAUUGUAACAAUAGGAGAGAAACUGUGAUGUUUAGCGCAGAUCACUGUGAGAUCACUGACUGGAUCAUUUACAGUAUUAAUAUUGGGCACGUGUGAUAUAAAUAAAAAUUCUUGACAAAUUUAAAAUGAUCUGUUAUAAAACCGAUAGACGGAAAAUAAAUGACAAUAAUCAAU